GCUGUCAAUUUUGUUUUACUUUAAACCUUAAAUUUAAUUGGCAUAAACUUUAUAGACUGAGAUGAAUUCGGUGUAACCUUAAACUUUUAAAAUAAAUUAAGGUAUUCACUAGAAUACAAUUUAACUAUGGAGAAAAAUCAUUUUAGACUAGAGAUUUGAAUUUCGCUUUAUUAAACGUUUGUUUAUUGACCUACUUUCGUUUUAAAAGCGAAAGUAGAAAAAGAAAAUUCAACUAGCAGUGCUUCUAAAGUGACAGUUUAUAAUACAAAGAAGCUAUGGGAACUUCGUGUAGCAAACUUUGCAAGAAGACGAAAAAGAAAACGCAGUAUAAGAAAGACGAACACAAUGAAAAGAACGGAAGGGAUCAUAAUAAACGAACCGAGGAAAAACAUCGGCCUGAACGAGGAAAAGGAAGCAAGGAAUGUGUGCAACCUACCCAAACAGAAAAUACUGAGACUGUUAGAAACUUUGCCAUCAAUAAUGGAAUAAAGCUCGAACUUGAUAAAGGGGAUGAAGAAAACAUGAAGCAAAACAACUAUAUCCCGCCAAAUAUCGGCAACAACAAGGAAAGGGCAAAUGAGACCGGGGAAAAGGCGAAAGAGAAAAGAAAUGAACGAAAGGGAGAAGGUAAGAGGAGAAAUGUGAAGAAAAAGAGCAGAAGGAAGAAGAAGAAGAAACAUAAAUACUGGUCAGACAGUAGUGACAGCAGUUCGUCAAGUUCGUCCAGCUCAUCAAGCUCCUCGGAUGAUGAUACAGGAAGAACUUCUAAGAGCAGACAAAAGAAGAUUGACAAAGAUGGAAAUGUAACCUAUAUUAAAAACAAAACAACCAUUGGAAGUAGCAAAAUAUCGUUUAAAGCCGCCAAGAACAUAAAUAUUUACAACAAUGGGGUUAUAACUCAACCUAAGACAGCAGCCACUAAAAAGCCAGCCAGCCUAUUCACUACAGAAUACACGAGCGCAACAGCUUAUAAAAAAGAGGAAGAAUUCAGGAAUAUAUUAGGACAGACCGGAGGCGCUGGACAAUUCAUAGAUCUACGGGGACACGAGAAUGUCGUACCAGUUAUUGAGACAAGGUCACUUUGCGAGAGUUCUAAAUGGGUAGGACAGAUACAAUUUCCAAAGGGCCACUGUACAUGCUUUAGAGUAGGCAGCAAAUAUAUAAUGACCACAUUACAUGCUGUUAGAGAAAUCCUCAAUACUUACAAUGAUUUCAUCUCCGUGAAAAGAAAACCUUCAAGUGGUCUUGACUGCGAUCUGUCUGUUUUGAGUAACUCUGAUGUGAAGAUAGAUUUUAAUUUCGAAGUUGAAAAUCAAACGAGUCAUGACAUCCAUAAAUUUACCUUUAAAAGGAUAAAAACAGAGGAAGAAAUUCUGUUUCUAGAUGAAGCAACGGAUGUGAUAGUAUUGGAACUUGACAUAAAACCGGGACAAGUCGUCCCUCCUAAUUUUACCAAUUUCGGAAUCCCGAAAUUAGACAGAUCAUUUACUCUUAUUACGCACUCAAAGGGCGACCCGAAGGCGUUUGAUAAAGUUAAUAAAAUGGUUGAUAUAAAUGAUCCAAAAACCCUUAAAGAUAUAGAAUAUCUCCGUCAACACAGCAGUGAGUUUGUCACGGGAAACGAUCAAGAUCCUUUAAUACAUGGAUGUGAAACGCCUCCGUUCAAUACUCUCGAUAAUAAAGAUAGAUUACUGUUUCAUUGUGCAUCAGGGAAGGGAGCUUCAGGUAGUCCAGGUGUUCAGGUAACCUCUGACGGAAAGGUUGUAGUUGUAACGAUGUUACUGCAUGGUUAUCCAGACUGGUAUUAUGAUGAAAAAUGCAAAACACUGAAGAACGAUUGGCAAAAAGUAUACACAGUCGAACAAGGUGUAAAUUUUGCGUCUGUGUACACCACAAUGAGGGACAGAAAUAAACAACUGUGUGAUGACAUAUUUGUAGGGGAGGCAAGCGCUUUUAACAAGUCUUUAAAAGUUGUUCAGCCGACAGAUGCAAACUAGGCAUUAAUAAAAAAAAAUAUCAGUCUAGUUUCAUUUGCUUAUCGUGUAAAUCUCUUAUAGUGUUUAUCCAGUUAUUAAUUUAUUUCACGCAUUUUUAUCCGUUUCUGAACUUGAAAAAAGUGUUUUUACAUGAUACAUUAUCAUUCACAAUGUCAUAACUUAAUAAUAUAAAUCAUUAUUCUGUACUGAUGAUGUUGAAAACGUGAAAUUAUUUUAUUUUUGAUCAACACAGCUUUAUGUAUUUUACUGAAAUAAAAGUUGACAUAUGUUCCCAUACUAAAAUAUUCAUUGUAAUCGUAUGGACUUUUAGCAUCAGUAAAAUCAUUUCAAUAGAGUGGUGUGAUAUUUUUAAUAAUUUGUUCAAUGUUAUUAUAGAUGACUUAUCAGAAAUAUGUAACUUUUUUUGGUUUGUUAAUUUCGAUUAUCGCUAACAAAAGGCAUUUACCGUUAUGUAUAUGAAAUGUUAUGUAUAUCAAAUGGCAGAGCGUUGGACUGUGAAUAGGGCAACCUGGGUUCGACUCCCAGAUUGCGCAGGUUUUUCAGUUUUUUAAGUGUAGGCAUCCAGUGCUGGUAAACUGCUCGACAGUUUGUGCAGGAAUGGUGCAUGGUGCGGUGGCUGAAAUUAGCUCUGGUCAGAAUUUUCAAUACGGUUUGAUUUUGAGGGUAAUCUACAAACAUUCACCCGCCCUUGUUUCUAUACAAACUUGUACAUAGCACAAGGUGUACACUGUUAUGUUGUUUUUAUUUAGUUCAUUAAUAACAAUGUAUUCUUAUGCUCAUUUAUAUAUGAGCCGCGUCACGACAAAACCAACAUUAUGCGUUUGCGACCUGCAUGGAUCCAGACCAGCCUGCGCAUCUGCGCAGUCUGAUCAGGAUCCAUGCUGUUGGCUUACAAACCCUAUUAUAAGUAGAGAAAGUGAUAGCGAACAGCUUGGAUCCUGAUCAGACUGCGCUGUGCACAGGCUGGUCUGAAUCCAUGCUUGUCGCAAACCCAUUAUGUUGGUUUUGUCAUGACACGGCUCAUAUCUUAUAAAAGAAGAAAAUAAUACGUUCCAGUAUUUCAUUCAGUUAUUCUUCAAGUGAUUUGAAAAUUGAUUGCAUGUUGUUUUUCAUUCUUUCAAAUAAGUAAUUUACUUUAAGGUUGAAGAAAUGAAGUAGUUUUGUUUGUAUCUGAAGGCAACCCGUUUUACUAACAGUCUUUUUUGAACUUUACUAACAUGUAUAUAUACUUUAGAAUUGUACAAAAGUUCAUAUAUGUAAAAUGUAUGUAUAAGUAACGAUAAACUGUAAUUUUCAUGUUAGACGAAUAAAUACUGUGCCCUGUUUUUAAUUAAACCUAUAAAUUGUUUAAAGAUUAUAAGAUAUUAGUGGUGAUUGUAUAUAAGUAAAUGUAUUAAAUAGAAUUAUUUAUAAUA